AUGUCUGUCAAAGGUCUUUUUAUAUUAGUCACAGAUGGAGUGAAAGAAGAAAAGGUUGCAGUACACAAUAAUAGUGUCAGCAACAGUUUAUUAUGUGGAAUUUUCAAAACGAAUAUUGUCGGUUUACAAUGUAUUGAUACCAGGUCAAAUGCUGAAAGUAUCUUUAUUGGUUGUGUUGCCUGUCAAUAUGCUGUAACCGUAGAAGAACACUUAAUUUACAGAAUAAUUAUCGAGUAUAAAGAAAAAACAUCUAAUGUUGAACCAAAAUUAACUGAAUCGAAUGAUCAAGUUAGUUCUGUACCUUCAACGAGAGAAAAAAGUCUUACACCAACAAAUGAUAUUAAUAGAGCAGAAUUUAAUCAAUUAGUAUCAACAUUUGAUGAGAAGCUUAAGAAUUUAAGUACAAAUUUUGAUAAUCAACUCAAGGAUCUAACAACAAAUAUUGAUACAAAAUUCAAUAAUUUAUCAAAUGAACUUAAUUUACUCUUCGAACUUGUUCAACCUACUAUUGGACGAGCAAUUGAUCCAUGUGAUGUAACUGCAAGAUCACAAGGUUCAUCUGGUAACAGUUUACCAAAACAAGUUAUAAACAAGUUUUAUAAUAUAAAUGAAAAUGAGUGUAUGAUUUGUGGUUCAUGUAAUGAUGUUGUAAAUGCUCAUAUAUGGCCAAAGCAUACACAUGGUGAACAUUUACUAUCAAUGUUUAAUUUAUCAAAUGAUGGUUUAAAUGAUCCAAGAAAUUAUUUAAGAUUAGCAAAAUCACUUGAACUUGCUUUUGAUAAUAAAUCCUUAACCAUUAUUAUCCAAAAUGGACAAUUGGUACUAUAUGUAUUAGAUGAUAUGCUCAAAAAACAACGAGUAUCUAAUACAAGAUAUACAUUUAAAGAUUGCCACUUAUGGCCUUUAAAUUUUGGCAAUGAUAACCGACCGUUCUUCAGAAUUUUGGCAGCUCAUUGUAGAAAUUCGUUUAUUGACGCAUUUCGUUUACAAAAAAUUAACUAUGAAACAUACAAAUGGGGCUAUAAUAGCUCAAUUAUUAUGUUAAAUACAUCACCUGAUGGGAACAAAGCUAAAAUUUUUGAUUGGCUUGAACGGAAUGAAAAGAUAAUAAAAAAGAAAGAAAAAUCAUAA